AUGCUUUUAAAACUUCUCUUCACCUUCAUCACUUUCGCUCUCUCAGUCGCAGCGGACGAAGACUACAACCCACCUCCUCUGCCGGACCUCCUUCCGUGGGAAGUCACCUACUUGAAAACAUGGAGUCCUUCAGGCCGUCCCGGAACCUAUCCGUUCAGUAACAUUGAGCUUACCAUCCGGGACCCGAACAACCUCACCCUAGGCUGGUUCUAUGGCGACCGGAGAAUCGGCUGGGGCCCAUCGUCAGCCAACUGCUCUCUCAAGUGGCUUCGUGACAUCAUUCCCAGUGAGGGGUACAACGGGUCGAUUGGGUAUUUAGACAAGCCUUUCGCAUGCCACCCCACAAACGGUGUUUGGGAGGUGUCCUAUCUCCCAACAACCAAAUACCCACUGAGCGAGUUCAAUCUCAAGUUUGCUGCAUGGUUCGUUGUCGUCCUGAAAACCGGCGGCCUCGAGCUCUUCAGGUGGGAGGGAGAAGGCCGCUUCGCGUCUGGUUUCAGGGGUAUCUAUGAGGAGGGGGAUAAUAUGGGCGGUGGCGGCAGCAGCAGCGGCGGAAGUAGUUACACGCUGCGCCCUGAAUAUACACCAGUGAAGAUCCAGCAACACCUGGUUCGCAGAGCCUGUCUGCACGGAAACUGCAUCGGCCAUUAUUACCCGCAAACCACGAUGACGACGGCCACAGCCACGUCCAGCACGCCGAGUACAACUAGUGCUACCCCCGUUAAGUCUACCACUGAGCCCGCUCCCAUUUACUGUCGCCGAAGGAAUUGA